AUGAAUUCAAUUCAGGAAAAUAUUCAAAUAUCCUUAUUAUAUUUAAUAAAGACGGAUAAUGCAUAGGACCUUUAGCUUGACAAAAUUGAUUUUCUAAAUAAACCUUCUUAUUGUAACAUCAUCAAAGAAGGUUAACUUGUUUAAAUAAAAGGGUAUUUUGGAUCUCAUAAAGAAAUUGAAAUAGAAAUUGAAUAAGAAAUAAAUAAUAAGGUGAAUUUAUUUCCAUAUUUAAAUCUUUCUGAGAGGGGAAUUUUAAUUACCAUAGCAUUCAAAAACUAAUUAUUAUUUUGUUUAAUCCUUUCUGAAACAUUUUUUAUUACUAAACCAAUCAAUGAAAAAGCAAUAGAAAUAGUUCUAUUUAGAAUAUUACAAGAUUUAACUGAUAAUAUUAAAUUUUGCUUGAGCGAUACUAUCCUAAAUUAAAAUUGGUAUAAAGGAGAGUUAAUUCCAUUUAGUACGUAAAUGUUAUAAAGAAAUGAUUAUAAUUUUAAUGAUGAACAAAAUAGGGGGGUACUAUAAUAUGGAUGCUAAUGGAAGUUAUCCAAAGAUAUUUUAAACCGUAACAUUCUCAAAUCUUAGACAUAGUCACCUAAGCUCUUUGCACUUCAAUACAUUCAUUUUAGAGAGAAUGAGGAAAAAGAAUUCUAUCUCUCUUAUGAUAUUUUUGCACAUAAGCUAUUGGAGCAAAUACAAACAACUUAAAAUUAUUCUAUAGCUUAACUAAUAAAAUGUUUUUAAAUAGAAUACUAAUCCAAUAAUUUGUAUGGUAUUUUGUAGGAAUUAUCAAACAAAUUAGAAAAAUAAAUGAAUGAGAAUAUUCAAAAUAUUUUUAAAAAGUAAAAACUGAAUUACGCUUUGACUUUUAUUUAACAAUUCGCGUAAAAUAAACCCCUUCAUGUAGGUGGUGAUCUCAAAUAAACCAUUGAGACAUACAAAAAAAAAAUGAAAUCAAUAGCUGAAGAUUUAAAGAAGUAAGAAUAUUAUAAAGUUCAAAAAGUUUCUUUAAUAGUAAAAAGACCUAAUGAUAAUCAAUCAGAAUUAGUCGAUUGUAUUAUGUAAAAUGACAUUCAAACUAUUAUUUUAAAUAGUGGCUUUUUUUAGCUUUAGGCAAAAGAUGAAUUCUUUAUUAUCGAUAUUUUUAACACAAAAGAAAAAUUCAUGAUAUAUAUUAUUAGGAUCAAUAACAGUCAAACCUAAAUCUUUUUACAAAUGCACAAAGCAAAGUAACCUAACCGCUUAAUAUCAUUCGAUUAUAAAGAUUCUUGUAGGUCGGUUUAUUUUUAUGAUUAUUAUAGAGGAUAACUAUAUAUUUUUAACUUUAAAAACAAAUUUGUACAUCAAAUACUUAUUUCAGAAACUGGAAAGCUCAAAAGUUCAUAAUGUAUUUGUAUUUAACAAGAAAAUAAUAAUUUUUUUAUUAUUGAGUAAGUUGCAUAUCUGAGUGAUUGUGAUAAAUUUAUAGUAUUGUCAAAAGAUGGGGUUUUUAAAUAACAAGAAUAAAAUUAAGGUUUUGAAAAGGUCAAAUGUAUUUAGUAAAUUAAAAAUGAAAUAAGUCAAACAGAAUUCACGCCAAGUAUUAGACCAGAUUGCAGUUAUAAUUAAAUACACACUUGCCCAAGUGGAAAAUACUUUUAUCUUGCCAACGAUUAUUGCUGUGAUAGAUAUGAUUCAAAUUGUCAGAAAAUAGAGAGUGUAGAAAUAGAAGGAUCAAUCAAAAUUUUUGCUGACUAAUCCGAUGUUAUAAUUUUAGGCAAACUUAAGCAUGAAGAUUAGAAUGAAAAAUAAGCAAAAAUCAUUUCUAAUUUAGUGAUUUAGAAAAAAUUUCAUAAAUCAUAAAAUAACGAGUAAAAAAUAAUUGGAAAUCCUGCUUUAGAUAUAGUAAAAGGUUCAUUUAUAAAAUUUGGUCCAAACUCUCAAUUUUUAUUUAAAGAAAAGAAGAGAGCCAUUAAUCUAUAUGUUAAUCAAGAGUAUUGCGACAAAUUGGAUACUUACUUGGAUAAAAUGAGUAUAGAUGGAGUAAAUUUGAAUUCAUCAAAAUUUUAGGGUGCAGAACUUAUAUGUGAUAAAAUAAAAAAUAUCAUAUAUUCACGAGUUCCUUUAUAAUUAUGCACAAUUGAAAAUAGUAAAUUAAUACCUCUAAUUGAUGGAUUUAGAUAUGAAACUCAAACUUAAACAAAAACUAGUGUAGAUUAAAAAGUAAAAUAAUUACACUUAGGAUUUUUAGAAGAGCAUUUGUCUGAUUGCAAUAAGAAGAUAUUUGUAGUAGGAAUUAUUGGUAAGCAAUCAUCAGGCAAAAGUUAUUUAUUGAAUAGAGUAUUUGGCACUCGUUUUUCUGUUUCAUCAGCUAGAUGUACAGAUGGUAUUUGGGGAAGUGUUGCAUAUAUAGAAGAUUAAAUAUUCCUAAUUUUAGAUUGUGAAGGUUUAUUUAAUGGAGCUAGAACUGAUAAAGAAGAAAUAAAAAUGUUGGCAUUUCUUACUGCUAUCUGUGAUAUUACUAUUUUAAAUUCAGAUUUAACAUUGAGCCGCCAUCUCGAUGAUCUAUUUAAGAAUUUAGUAGAAGCAUCCAAGUAAUUAAAUGACUAAGACUUAUUUAAAGGAAUUUUAUAUUUUGUUUUAAGAGAUGUGAGUUCAAAUGAUAAUUCAGGAGCUGAGUAAGUAUUAUUAAAAAAUCUCGACAGACUAAGAUAAACUGGAUCAGAAGAAAUAGUAUUUUUAAAGAGAUUAUUUCAAAAUUAAUUCUCAGUUGAAAAAUUAUUCAAUUAUGAAACCAAAUAAUUUGAUGAAUAGCUUAUUGCUGUUAGAAAAUACUUUUUAGAUAGUUCUGUUAAAUCUAAUUGUUGGAAUGGAAUAAAAUUAAUUUAAAUGAUGAAAAUACUGUUGUGCUAGUUGGAAAUUUCUGACAAUACAAAUGCAAGUUUGAUAGAAUUGUAAAUAAGAAUAGAAAAAAUUUUCGACUAAAGCAAAGAAUAAUGGUAUUAAUUCACUUCAGAUGAAGUUAAAUGUGAAAAUUUAAAAUUAGACUAAAACAAGUAUCAAUUUUAAAAAUGUUCAGAGAUCUAACAUAUUCUAUACAAUAAAGAUUUGCUGAACUUACUAUAUGAAGAUCUCGAAAUAAAAGAUUCCAUCUAAACUCAUAAUAAAAACUUAGGAGAAGUUCAAUCAUAGUUGAAUACACUCUUCGAAUUCAGGAAAGAAUAGAUUAUGUUAAGAACAUAAUAAGAAAUAAGUAGUAUCGACAAUUAAGAGGUUCAAAUAAUGAUUAAAAACAAUAUAUCGAUGUUACAGAGCUUCUUUAUGGAUUAAAUGAAGAUGUACGAAUUUUGCUUUGAAAAAUGCAAAUAUUGUCACUUGCAUUGCAAACACUUCAAAAAUCAUAUAGAAAUUUCUACUAAACUCAACGACUACAUUGCUAAUGAAAUCAAAAAUAUAGAAAAUUAAUAAAAGAAUUUGAAAAUCAAGAUCUAGGAUCAAGAAAAAGAGAAACUAGAGAAUAUUCAGAAAAUUGCAUAAAGUAUCAGUGAAGCAUAAAAUCUAUUGUAUGGAUUAACAAUCUAGUCUGAGAUAAAUGAAAUUAAAUAGAAAAAAGAAUGCACCAAAACUGAAUUGAUGAAUUACGAUUUUUAUAAUAAAGAGGAAGACUGUAUAAAUUUAUCCUAAUUUGAAAUUCAUAAUUAUAAGUUUGAAUAACCGACAACCAUUACCUUAGACGAAAUUUAAACUAUAAAAGUUGAAAUAACUCAACGAAUCACAAAAUUGAAGAUCAUAUAAACUUAGACUAUAGAGAGUUUUAAGAAAAAAUAUUCUGACCUUGAAUAUUAAGUUAAGGAUUAUAGUAUAAAAUUAAAAGAACUAAGUGAAAUUGAAAUUAAUAUAUAAUAAUCAAAAUUAGAUUCUGAAGUAAGUGAAAUUUAAAGAAGAUAAGAAGAGUUUGACAAUAAAUUAAUAAACAUUAAACAAAAAUAACAUAUUAAUGAGUAAAAUCUUAAAGUAGUAAGAGAGCAAUAAUAGUAAUUGAAUUAAGAUAAAUAAAAUGUAUCAAAUAAGAAUAUUGAAAUAGAUUAAUAAAUUAAUAAACUAACUUCUUAAUUAGAGUAAAUAAAUUCUUUUUGUAAACAUUUAAAUUAAUAUCACAUAUUAUGUGAAUCACUGAAGGAAAAAUCAACUUAAAUGCAAAAUUGGAAAGACUUAUAAUAAUAAAAGCUUUUAGAAACUUAAGAAGAAAAAGAGAUUUAAUAAGUUUUAAACAAAAUUGAAUAACUUGAAAAGAAAGUUAAUGAUUUGAAAUAAAAUAAAGAAUAACUACUAAUUGAAGUUAAAUCUUUUCAAUAAUAUGAAAUAGCACUUAAAUUGAUCAAUUUUAAGGAUAUUUAAAGGAAACUUUUGGAUUCAAAUUUGUUUGUACACUAUUGUCAAAGGGAAAGUCACAAAUGUGAUUAAGUUUGUUAGGUAUGUCCUGAUUAAAUAUGCGAUAAUAAGGCUGGACAUUAUGAAAACUAAGAACAUUUGUGCAUGAAAUAAGAUCAUAGAUGUAAAGAUACAUGUGAAAUUCCAUUGUGCAGUAAUACUUGUAUGAAAAGCUUUAAGCACAAUUCUAAACAUAACUGUUUAAGCGAUCAUCCUUGUAAGGAAAAAUGCUAAUACUGUGCUAAAGACUGUAAGUAGGAUAACUCAGAAGGUCAUUAUACUAACCAUAAUUACUUAGAUAUUUAUUGCACUCAUAACUGUCAAUUGUGUCCCAGAAAAUGCUGCUAACCACACGAUCACUCCUUUUUAAAAGAGAACCAUUUAUGUGGCAAUAUACAUUUUUGUUAAGAACUUUGCUAAGAAGAAGGCAUAUGCAAAAUCGAAUAUGAUAUCUAGUAAGUUAUAUGGAAAAAUUAAUCUUCAGAGUUUCCAUAUACUAAGUAUGUUGCAAAAGAUUCUGGGAAAAAAAAAUGCCAAUAACUAAUACCAGCUAACUAAAAGUGGCAUGCUGGAAAUCAUUUAUGUAAGGAUAAAACUGAAAAGUAGUUUCAUUAUUGUAAUUAAUAAUGUCCUGAGUGUAAUACAUAUUGCGAUUUGUAAUACAAUCAUUCAGGUCCUCAUUCAUCAGACAGACAUAGAAAUAAAGAAAACUAAAUAUUUACAAUAUAAGAAGGAAUUUAGGUUAAUGUUCUAAUACAAGAUUUGAAAGAUUCUACAAUUAGAAAGUAUAAUCUCGGAGAAAGUUCAGCCCCUGAAACAUGUGACUAGAGCUGCAAAAGAAGAGGAAGAGCUCAUUUUCAUUUAGUGAAAUGUGAAGGACCUAAAAAAAUAGCCAAGCAUUCAUAUGAGAAAUAUGUUGGAUUUGAACACAUCAAAUUUGAUGAGGUUUUAUGUGAAGAAUUUUGGAAAUUAAACAACUGGUUUCAUCCAAUUUAUAAUGAAUUGGAAACGAUUCAGGGUUGCAACUACUAUUGCCCUAUAUGCGAAUACGAAAAAGGUCCCAAAUCAUUUUGCAAUUAAGCUGCUUGGCAUACAUAAAAGGAUGAUAUUAAAUCUCAUAGUUUCUCAUGUAUGGAACGUCAUGUUGAAAAUUAAAUUUAAGGAAUAAAUGUAGCCUUUGUAAUAGACUCAACAGGAUCGAUGCAACAUCUUAUAAAAAUGUGUAUAAAUACCAUCAAAGAUAUUAUGGAAUAAGCAAAUGCUAAAAAAACUGUUUAUCGUGAUAAACUUGAGAUAAAGUUUGCUGCUGUUUCUUACAAAGAUCAUAAAUUUCCUUAUAAUAAAGAUCAAAAUAUCAUAGAGGUAUAACGUUUCACCUCUGAUGAAGUUAUUUUACAAUUUUUAGAUAAAUUAUAAGUGGAUGGUGGUGGUGAUGCACCAGAGGCCGUAUUGGAUGGCUUAAAUGCUUCAUCAGGUUUAAAAUGGGAUCAAAAUUAUGAGAAACUGCUAUUUUUAAUAGCUGAUGCUCCUCCUCAUGGAAAAGCUUACAAUAAUUUCAAAGAUAAUUAUCCUGAAGGCUGUCCAUGUGGAUUGAAAUAAGAUAUAAUUUUGAAUGCUCUAUCAGAUAUGAAGGUAUAAUUAAAAAUUGUAAAAUUAAACUAAUCUGUUGAUUUAAUGAACUCAGAAUUUAAAAAAGACUUUAGUGACUUAACAAUAUUUUCUCAUGAUAAAAAAGACGAGGAUAAUUCAUUUUCAAUAAUUGUUGAUGAUGUAUGUAAAUAUUUGACUCACACCGAGAUUACAUCUUAUGUAUGUAAAUAUUUGACUCACACCGAGAUUACAUAUUAAAUGGAAAAAUGA